AUGGCAGCCGAGCACGUCCCAUGGGCUGCAGCCAUUCUUUGUUACAUUCAAUACGCUAUUCUUAUUACAUUUGGACACUUGCGUGAUCAUGCGGGACGUAUUUUUGGUGGCUCACGUUAUUCGAAUACUACGGAAAAAGGCUAUGCACCGCUCUGUGCCGCCUUUGAGAACUUUUAUACGAAACGAAUUUAUCAUCGCUUACAGGACGUAUUUAAUCGACCUGUUGCUGGUUUACCAGGGGCUCAGAUUGAUCUGAUUGAACGUUAUUCGGUCGAUGAAAACAAGACGCUGCAUAAUAAGGAUGGAUGUACCCAACGCUGUGUUAAUCUUGGCUCGUACAAUUACUUGGGGUUUGCUGAUGAUUGGAUGAAUACGUGCAGCAAAGAGGUCUUUCCAACGGUCAAACAAUUUGCUCUUGCAUCGACUGUACCACCCAUGGAGUUUGGGACGACGUCGGUUCAUAUUGCACUGGAAAAAGCACUGGCCAAAUUUAUUGGAAAAGAGUCGGCUAUUGUGUACAAUAUGGGCUACGCUACCAAUGCCACGAGUAUUCCUGCUCUUACGGUCAAAGGUACGCUCAUUCUUAGUGAUGCGCUCAAUCAUACUUCUAUUGUCAAUGGUGCACGAGCAUCGGGUGCUUCGGUGGGUGUGUUUAAACACAAUGAUCCUGCACACUUGGAGAAGGUGCUUCGUAUGAAGAUUGCAGAAGGUCAGCCACGGACACAUCGUCCGUGGAAGAAGAUCAUUGUGAUGAUUGAGGGUAUUUACUCUAUGGAAGGAGAGAUCGUACGUCUGCGUGAAAUGGUGGACGUCACAAAGAAGUACAAGGCCUACAUUUAUGUGGAUGAGGCUCAUAGUAUCGGUGCACUGGGUAAUACUGGUCGCGGUAUUUGUGAGUAUGCGGGAGUGGAUCCAAGCGAGAUUGAUAUCUUGAUGGGUACGUUUUCCAAGAGCUUUGGCGGUAUGGGCGGCUACGUCGCUGCGUCGGAAGAGAUCAUCAGCUUUAUGCGCAAUUCAAGUGCAGGUGCGAUUUACGCCACGAGUCUGUCUCCCGUGGUCGCCCAGCAGGUUCUGACGGCGUUGAACAUUAUUGCUGGGUUGGACGGUACCGACAUCGGCCGCAAAAAGAUUACAUCUUUGCGUGAGAACAGCAAUUAUUUCCGCCAAAAGUUGAUUGACAUGGGUGUGAUCACGCUGGGUGACUUUGACUCGCCUGUGAUCCCGGUGAUGUUGUAUCACAUGUCAAAGGUAGGCGAGUUCUCUCGCGAGUGUCUCAAGCGUAAUUUGGCUGUGGUGACAGUGGGCUUUCCUGCUACACCGCUGCUACUUGCUCGCGUUCGUUUCUGUGUUUCUGCGGCCCACACGAGAGAGGACAUAGACGCAGCUUUGAUUGCAUUGAAAGAGGUCUCGGACUUGUGCAAUAUCUGCUUUGCGAAAAAGGCAUAA